AUGCCUUUGGAAGAGAGGGGCUUCCUUCUCAAGCAAAGUGCUUCCCCAGGAGCCCCCAGUGAGAGGGGCGUGGGAAGGCAGAAGGCUGUGAAGAGCAGCUUUGGCAUCUGCCUGGGCCUGCGGAGACCAAGCCAAGCACCUGUGGUGCCUGCAAGGCGCAACUGCGGCAUCGCUGACUCAGACCUUUGCCGAGGCAUCUGUCUCGAAGGUGUCCUCGAGGUCGGACAGCGGGAUGAUGCAGCCAAGGACCAGACUCAAGAGCAGGAUCCCACCCGUGGCCGCUUCCGCAGAGCGGUGCAGGCACUGCGGAGGUUCCUGCGCAUUCGGCGCAGAAAGACCAGAGCCACAGCCACCGAGGGCACAGCUGAGCCCAACUCCAGGCCCAGCGAGCUGCAGACAGAGCCUGCUGUCAGCACAGCGUCCUCUGAGCUCGCUGCAACCUGUGACCGGGCAGCAGCCGAGGGCAGAGCGGAGGCUGACAUGGCCAUGACUGAGGGCAUGGCCACCUCAAACAGCCAGACUCAGGCCAUCCCAGAUACUGACACCACGAUCGCACUGACUGUGCUAGCCAUGGUCAAGGACAUUCUACAGAGACUUGCGUCCUGCGACACUGUGGACGCUGGGCUGCAAAUGGACAUUCUGAGCCUGACUGAAAGAUACCCGGCUCAUGUGGUGAUGAUCCUCCUGUGCUGUGCCCCACUGUGUGACAGAGCUGCCACACUGAUGUGGAGGGCCAUGGGCACCUCGGAAGUAGCUGCGGAGGAGGUGCUUCCAGCACUGCUCUCUGUGCUAGAGAAGCAGCCACCAUGCAGCAGGAUCUUCUGCAGCAGGGAUGAGGCCGUCUUUGCCCUGGCUGCAACUCUGGUGCUGUGGAGGAUUGCCCCCAUGUCCGAGUGGCACUACGCAAUGCUCAUUUAUUCUCCCCAGCUGCUCGUGGAUCUGCUCUUUCAAAUUUUCACUACCACAGAGCAGAUGCCAAAGAAUGUUCAGAACUUCUGGAGAGCAUGCCGGAAGGAACACGGCCUUCGCAGCAACCCCAAAAGGUUUGCAGCGCAGACCAUGAAGGCUCUGCUCUCCCGACUGGGCUUUGACAAGAAGCUGGUGGCUCUGGAACACCUGCAGGUCUGGGAGACCCUGCUCUGUGCCAACACCCAGCUGUUUGCAGCAAGCCUGCUAGCCAGGGAGAUGCGCCGUGGGUUGACCCCAUUGUGUCCCUACAUGGCCUCGCACCUGCUCAGCCUGCUCAUCGGGAAGCAGCCACGCUGUCAUCUGCCUGCCCUGGCGUUCUUGGUGGAGCUCCUGGAGUGUCUGGACUUGAGCCAACACGGUCCCAGUGCCCUGUGGGUCGUAUCCAGGCACCUGCCAAGCAAGUGCAGGGACAGGCUGCGCCUGCAGCUCAGAGGCCUCGUGGUGCUCAGCAAGGAGCCCUCGCUGAGCGGAGAAAUACGUGGCCUCUAUCAACACCUGCUGGAGCAGCUGGCUGAUCCCGAUGCAGAGAUGGUCUGGAUGACCCUCUCUGUGCUCACACAUGUGCUCCAGAAGAAAGACCUCAAGAUACCCAGCAUCACCGCCCUGAAGCUGGCUGAGCCCCUGCUGCCACACUUUGACAAUGACAACAGCCAGAUGCAGCUGCUCUCCAUUCAGCUCUUCAGCAAAGUGCUGGAGCUGGUAGUGGAAGAGGGGGAAGAGCCUCUCACGAGAAUCGUGAGCCAGAGCCUGCUCCCUCUAUUCCUGCGCUGGCACGAUGAGAACCUGCAUGUGGCCAAGGCCUCUCACGAAGCCCUGCUUUGUGCAGCACGCUUCCUGAGGAGGACGGACCUCGAGGAGCUGCUGACAAAGGAGCAGCGGAUGAAGUUUGCCCAGAGCCUGCGUCGCACCCAGGGCCGCCAGCCCGUGCCCCGCACGCUGCUCCCUGCCCUGGGCCGUGCGGGCCAGCUCGGCCGGUGCUGGGCGCAGGGAGCGCCCGGCCGAGGGGCAGAGCCCGCGCCGAGCCUUCGCUCCCCGCAGCUGCUGCAGGACGCGAGCCGAGCGGCCGAGCACCUGCGCUGGGCCCUGCUGCGCCUGCAGAGCCCGCAGCGGCCCCUGCGAGAGGCGGCCGUCAGGAUCAUCGGUGAGCCACGAGCCCGGCAUCCCUCCCCGCCUCCCGGCCCGGCCGCUGCAGCCCCGCCCGCCCUCGGUGCUGCCGCCGCCCUCCCGCAGCCGUGCCCUCCCUCGGGCGGCAGCGUGCGGCAGGGCCCGGGCUGA